AUGGCGACGAAAGUAUGGAGGCUUCUAGGAUUAGUUUCGUGAUUGUAGUUUGCAUAUAGUACAAGUAUUACGUCUCUGUGCAAUCAUUUUAUCACUAGCCUGUUGUAGUACAGUACUACAGGUUUCAGAGUUCAGAGUAUGUAUGCACAUACUGGGACUAAAAAACACGGACUGGAACUUUGAGGUUGUUCAGCUGCUGGGACUUGAUGAUCAUAUUACUAAGUAUCCAUUAGGUUUUGGAGUGUGGCAUACUGCAUCUGCCUCAGUCUUUCUGGCUACAGCUGUUGCGGCUGUGUUUUUUCCUGGUGUGGCAUUGAGUGUGGUUGGUGAAUAUGAUGAGCAAGGUUCAAACUACCUUGCAACAAGAUUGUAUGGAGCAACACUAGGAGGGAUUGGAUUAGUUGAUUGGCUGACUCCUCCAUCUGCCUAUGCACUUGUCCAAUAUGCGUCAUUUCUACGAUGUUUAUACUUUCUGUUUGCCUCAGUUGCAUUGCUGGUGUCAUAUGUUGCUGAUGAGGUACCACCUCAAGUUGUCUGGGCAAUCCUCUUCAACUGUGUCAUGGCUCUUGUCAGUGUAUAUUUUGUUGUAACUCUCAAGAGGCUUAAUGCACCCUCCAGGAAACAUAAUUAUGAAUAAACAGACUUAAAAUACAUGUGUACUUGUGGGUACAUACAUAGUAAUACAAGCCCAUUAAUGUCAAUAAUUGACAGUAUGUUGCAAUGACUUGAUUCUUUGCUAUACUUUUUGAUAAUCUGUUGUGUAAAAUUGACUUGAUUGUUGUUUCA